CCCCUCAAUCUAGCAGUUUUAUUGUCAUUGUGGAAGCUCUGUCCCCCUGACAGCACUUUUUUCGGGACGCGCCACAACAAUGUCCAACACGCAGUCUAUCUGGCAGCUCUCGCUAGGCUCCGAGGCUGAGCCCGGCUGUGGUUUGUAGUCGGCUAUAAUGUUACAGGAGAAACAUCUGUUGCUGUAUCCUCGCCAUAGUUUGUGAGGCUCCCGUCCGCCGCUAGGGUUUGCUACAGUGAUUUCCUCAGCCCUCCUGCCCUCCUGCAGCCAGAGAAGCGCUCAGGAGAACCAGCCAGCAGCCGUGUUCAGACACAACAUGCACACUAGCCGGCUAGGAAAGUUUCACAGCAGCUCAUUGACAAUAGCGCACUGAGCGAAUGUCUGGAGACGCGCGGUUGCGCAGGAAAACGCAAAAGCAUGACGGCCAAGAGAGCCGCUUUCCAGCCGCUGUCCAGCUCCCGCAUCCCGGCGGAGAGGAAGGGAGCGGCUGAGCGCCUUCAUAACCCCGAGCGCUGUGCCUCUUCCCCGCAGGAGCCGGAGAAACCAGCGGCGUCCGCCUCAGGGCUUCCCGUCUUGGGGGCUGCCGGGGGCUCCGGGCCGGUGGUGGACGAGUCAUCCGACAGCGAGGGAGAGCAGGAAGGGCCGCAGAAACUCAUCAGGAAAGUGUCAACCUCCGGGCAAAUACGAAGCAAGGCGAGCGUGAAGGAAGGGCUGCUUCUGAAACAGACAAGCUCGUUCCAGCGUUGGAAAAAGCGUUAUUUCAAAUUGCGGGGACGGACACUCUACUAUGCCAAGGAUGCCAAGGCGGGUGGCGUUUUGGCCCGCUGGCAGUAUCGGGUCUCUCGUAGCCGCGUGUGCUGGAGGGUGCUUUCCGUCUGCUGGACCGGUGCCCGCCGUCCGCCGCCCGCUCUUGGCGCCAGUGGAUCGGAGGAAGGUUUGGUGGCGAUUCGGUCUCUUAUUUUCGAUGAGGUGGAUCUUUCAGAUGCCAGUGUUGCCGAAUCAAGCACAAAGAAUGUCAACAACAGUUUCACGGUAAUUACACCGUUCCGAAGGCUUAUCCUGUGCGCCGAGAACAGGAAAGAAAUGGAGGACUGGAUCAGCUCACUGAAAUCAGUUCAAUCCAGAGAGCAUUACGAGACGGCACAGUUUAAUGUGGAACAUUUCUCAGGGAUGCACAACUGGUAUGCCUGCUCCCACGCUCGCCCUACCUUCUGUAACGUCUGUCGGGACAGCCUCUCAGGGGUCACUUCUCAUGGCCUCUCUUGUGAAGUGUGUAAAUUCAAGGCCCACAAAAGAUGCGCAGUCAGGGCCACCAACAACUGCAAAUGGACAACGUUGGCCUCUAUCGGCAAGGACAUCAUUGAGGACGAAGAUGGGAUUGCGAUGCCACACCAAUGGCUGGAAGGCAACCUGCCUGUCAGUGCUAAGUGUGCCGUUUGCGACAAAACCUGUGGCAGCGUGCUGCGCUUGCAGGACUGGCGUUGUUUAUGGUGCAAGGCCAUGGUGCACACAGCAUGCAUGGAUCUCUACCCCCGCAAAUGUCCCCUCGGCCAGUGCAAAGUGUCCAUCAUCCCCCCUACCGCCCUCAACAGCAUCGACUCAGACGGUUUCUGGAAGGCCACCUGUCCCCCAUCAUGCGCUAGUCCACUCCUCGUGUUUGUCAACUCAAAAAGCGGAGACAACCAAGGGGUAAAAUUCCUGCGUCGCUUCAAACAGCUGCUCAAUCCCGCUCAGGUCUUUGACCUGGUCAACGGUGGACCUCAUUUAGGGGUCACAUAUGUCGAGCUUAUAAUAUCCGUGUCGUUGGCUACAUCUACAGCUGCUGUUUACAGGUGGAGUAUAAUGACGUAUGAGAUUAAAAUACCUCCCAAACACAGCUGCCCCGCCACACCUGAGGAGGCAGAGGACGGCCAGUUACAGAUAUCUGUUUAUGAGGAUUCAGUGGCUGCUCAUCUCACAAAGAUCCUGAACUCAGAUCAGCACUCAGUGGUCAUAUCUUCAUCGAAGGUGUUGUGUGAGACGGUGAAGGAAUUUGUGGCCAAAGUUGGGAAGUGUUAUGAGAGAAGCAGUGAGAGUACGGAGGAAGCUGAUGCACUUGCCCUCAAAAGUGCGAUUCUGAACGAGAAGCUGGACUCCCUCCUGCAGACGCUCAAUUUGGAGGCGCAGGCCAUGACGCCCUCAGCCCUCACCACACCACCCAUUGUGGAGGAGGAGGUGGAGGAGGAGGAGCUGGAGGAAGAGGAGGAUCUGAGUGAAGAGUCUUUAACGGAGCUGAAGGAGAAUGAGACUGAGAAAGGCUCUGCCCAUAAGCUCUUCAGACCCCGCGAGCAGCUCGUGCGCAGAGCCAACAGCCUGAAGAAAGCGCUCAGACAGAUCAUCGAGCAGGCGGAGAGAAGUACGAUUGUGCAGCAUGUCUUUUGA